GUCUCACCUGUCGUGUUUAACUCCAAAUAUCACUCUGCGCCAUUGCUCGGCAUAACCAUGCCCGGAAUGUUGACCUACACCGCAGCUCCUGCAUUCUGGCCGGUGUCGUCUAACAGAGCCACCAACGGCAGAGUAUUCAGGGUGAAGUUAUCCGCAAAUAGGCCAUUCCCUUCGAUAUCUCCGCCCCCAAUUUCAAGGCGCCGCCGCCCAAACCAUUCUCCAUCCGCCCCGAUAGGGUUUUCGACAUUAUGGGGGCUUCUCUCGCUUUGCUCUUUCGCCUCACCACUAGUGUGCUUGUCUCCGGGUAUCCUCUGAACCUCGUGCCAGCAUCGGAGAUUCCACCUGAUCAGUAUGCUCUAGGAUUUGCUGGUUUUAAGUUGAAGGAGACUUCAAAGUUAGGCCCUCGCCCUGAGAAGCCAAUUGAGAUUUAUGAAUACGAAAGCUGCCCAUUUUGUCGCAAGGUUCGGGAAAUUGUUGCAGUUUUGGAUCUUGAUGUCUUGUAUUAUCCUUGUCCAAGAAAUGGCCCAAAUUUUUGUCCCAAGGUUUCCCAAAUGGGAGGCAAACAGCUUUUCCCAUACAUGGUUAGACCAUUACACCAUUCACAUCACAUGAAGCUAUUCUGUGAAGAUACAACUGCUUAAUGCUUUGAUAUUCUUGCGUAUCAUGUAAUCUUCUCCCGAUAUUUAGAGGAAAAUGUCUGAAUCAAGAAUAUCAUUCGUCUAUGAUUUCUGUCAUUUAUCAAAAGGACUUCCAGAGGUUAACAAAGCACAAUUUGUGAGAUAUUGUGCUAGU